CCGCCUUCCCCCCUUCGUCUCGGGCACUAUACCUAGCUCCCGCCUUGACCAAUACCCACCCCACUUCACUCCCACCCAACGCCUUACCACAAUUUUGGGAGCCGGUGGCUGGGAACAGAAAAACGGAACCCUAUCCCUACUCCGUACUCCCGCUUCCAUCACGGCUCCGCUGCAACAUGUGCCGACCCAGCCUCCCGGCUCGUCCCUAUCGUCGUUGUUUCUUCUGUGACAAGACCAGCCACUUCCUAACGUCCCACGCAUCAACCAAAAUGACGCCGCUCCCCAACCUUUCGCGCAAGCUCAGGCUUCUGCAGCACACCAUGCAUCUCUCCUCUACACUGCCAUUCUCUUACAAGUGAUUGGUCAACGAUUAACGGUCAGCCUUCAGCCUAACCGUCCUAGUGGACUGGUAAACCCCGUUGUCAAAGCAUGAAUUAUCAAGACUUGAACUUCGACUUUGUUGAUAGGCAGCGCCCUUAUCCUCCUCAGUUCUGGUCCCCGGGGACUCCCUCCGAUCAACUUCAAGCUGCCGUCCCAGCAGGCAACGAACGUGCCAGUCAUCCAUAUCGAACAGGCAGUGACAAUCUGUCAAACGAUUCUGGCUUACAAUAUUCUGACGCUGCCCAACCCACUAUUGCUCCGUACAACAUCCCUCACGCUCCGACACCUCCCUGGGGCUCCGACGGUUCGGCUCCUUCCAACACUACCAGCCAAUACGGCCCGAGCCGCCUUUUCGGCCAUUUCUCCUUCCCACUCAUAGACAACCGCCCCGGUGCCUCACAGCCGCCCGCCUUGCCUCUUUCUUCUGCUUCUCCUACAUACCUCCCACACGCCAUGGACGAAGUCACUGCCCGGGCCGAAGCUAGGGGGUUUCGUGACCAGAUGACCAUGGACGCUGCUGGGUCCAUUACUCCAGGUGUCGACGACGGCCCAUUCAUCAAUUUUGCUCUCAACGCUUUGACGGCGGACAGAUGGUCAAAGUCCUCGCCCGCCUCGAAUCUCCCUUCAAGACCGGACGCCACCUAUACGCGGCACACGGCCGACGAUUCGAAUCGCUUCCCCGACGAGGAGUCCUCGACUAUGCGCGCCAUGGCCGGUGCUGGUGCUGGUCUACAUACCGCCGCCGCCCCGAUUCCCGUCAUCAUGUUCAGUGGCUCAGUGCCGCAGAGAUCGGCGUCACCACCCAAUGUCAAAAUGCACGACGCUGAUGUGCAGGAACCCGAUCCCACUCCGCUCGACACCGACCACGACCAUCCUCCCUCCGCUUCCCGCGAGCUCCUUCAAUACAACCCGACCAGAAAGCUGGCUGCUCUCGACGUGAACCAAUGGGUUCCAAUUAGCGAAACACGCCCAGUGCCCAGGGAAGGCAAGCCAAAGCUGGACCUCCUCGAUCCCACGAGAGAGGCGUACCCGCGCCUCACCGCCCUCCCACGGACAUUACGACUCCCUUCUCUGCUUGCCCUCCUCAUGCUCUGCCUCGCCAACAUCGUCCUCUUCAUGCUUUCCGCCAUCUUCUCCAUGCGCCGCCCAGGUCUCCUUCAACUACAACUGUCCGAUAGCGAGAUCCAGGGUGGCCAGUAUUUCCUGUUUCGCAUCUUGCCACAACUACUAGCUGCCAUUGUCUUCGUGUACGUCCAGUGCGUCAUGGCGGCCACCGUUCGAAUCCUCCCUUUUACGACGAUGGCUCAGGAUGAGAUGGAGAAACGGAAAGACGGGCUCUUUCAAGAACUUUACCCGAGGUCGUAUUUGAUCCCUCACUUAUCUGGCCCUGUUGUGACAAGGGUCUGUUUGACUUUGAUGUGGCUCAGCGCCUUUACGAUCCCGCUCGCCAGCAGCGCCUUCACCGUUACUCGUAUCCGUGGCGAGUGGACAUGGGUGUCUGUGCAGCCUGUUACUUGGACUCUGGUGGCGCUAUACUUCCUCCUCCUGGGUGCACUCGUCACGUUGGCUGUUUACUGGCACGGAAGGAUCACUGGCCUCCUAUGGGAUCCGCGGUCCAUCGCCGACAUUGCCUUCAUGCUCUAUCAAACCAACGCCCUGAGCGACUACGAGGGGACGGAAUUUAUGAUGGGCAAGACCGAGAGACGGGCACAGCUUCAUCGGCGCCGGUUCGACCGGCUAGGUUACUGGAUGAAAGGGGAUCCCGCUAUCGAGCCGUGGUACGGUAUUGGCCUCGCUACCAGCUCCCUCAACUCCCCGUCUCGCGAUUUUGAAGAGUUGAAUCCCAUGGAAGGGAGCCACAGCGUCUCUAUUAGCUCCCUCAAAUUGUUCGCUUCCUCCGACAACGGUAGAGCGUGGUACCGAUACCUACCCUGGUGCUUGCGUGGCACCCAGGUACUCUGCUUCUCCAUUGGCGCCACCGUCCUCCUGGUGGCGCUCAUUGUCGUAUCCUUUAUUGGCGGCGCCGCCUGGAUGCAGGGCUUUCAUCCCGGUCGCCUCCCGGCUUACCCAGAUGCGGCAGGAUUCUCUGCUGCCAACUUCGUCUACAGCUUCGUACCGAGCCUGCUCGGCAUGCUCCUGUACUUGGCUUUUCAAUCCCUCGACCAGGUUCUCCGCAUCGUCCAGCCGUGGGCCGAGUUGCGCAACGAUGAAGGUGCUCCGGUCUCCCGCUCCAUCCUUCUCGACUACGCGGCGUGCUCCCCCUUCCAGUCUACCUACCGCGCUCUGCGCAACAAGCACUGGCGCGUUGCUGCCGUAUCCUUCAUGGCUCUCCUGGCAAUCCUCAUCCCCGUCCUGGCCGGGGGUCUCCUCAUGGCUCGGAACAUUCCUGGCACCAACCAGACCCGCAUGCGACCCCAAGCCGACGUUUUCUUCGCGCUUCUCGCCCUCCUGAUCCUCUACCUCUUCGCCGUCAUUUCUGUCAUCCCUGCGCGAAACUCGUAUCGUCUUCCUCACUCGGUUACUUGCAUCGCCGACAUCAUAUCUUUCCUCCGAACCGAAGACAUCGGCGGGGAGAAGGGCUUUCAGUUCCAGCACGCCCGCGACCGGCAGACUAUGCUCAUCAAUCUCGGCGUCCACCCGGGCCGCGAAGAGAACCGUUGGUUCUUUGGCAGCGUGCCUGGACGUGAGAAACAGGGCCCCGGCAUACGAAGACUGAGGAAAUAUACCGAGCGCGCGCCUCGUCGCGCCUGAUCUGAUACCUAGCUGUUUUUAUAUUCUCGUGGCCAGUACUCCGGUUGCACUGUGUUUUUAUUUUGGGUCUAGAUUUGGGGCGUGUAUGUUUUUUGUUCAUUUUCUGGAGUUCUUUUUUUUUUCUUCGGCUCGCUUGCAUAGCGGAGAGCAUUGGUGGUUUUGGGAAACUUUGACGAUGCAUGAUUUUGUAUCGCGUGGUAUGAUAUUUACGAGCUUACGGCGUUUCUACGAGAUGACUCUCAUAUGACAAGGCAUGAAGAGAACGCGAAAUAGAGACACGACUCAGGUCGCACACAUUUUAUUCUGCUCCAUGGAUACACCGACGCAAGGUGUACGUAGUCCGAGAUAUUCCAUGCUCAUCACGACUAAAGCGCAGC